ACAGAGAAAAUGACAUAUGGUCUCUAACUGAUAUGGAUUCGUAUAUCUAUACAUUCCGCAUGAGACUGUAACAUUCGACGUCUGUAAAAGACACAAUGGGUUAUGUUGUCCUGGUAAUAGUAGCCAUAUGCGGAGCAACCGACUUUGGUAAAGUGUUCGCAUCUGAUGAUAUCGUUUGCUACCCGCAAAUAGGGUGUAUAGACAAUGGACCCCCAUUCUUCGACCCACUACUUCGACCUAUAGGUAAUCUUCCGAGUACUCGCGCCGAAGUCGGCACAGAAUUUCUGUUGAAUACAAGAUCGAAUCCAAUAACUCCUCAGUUUCUGGAUACGAACGAUAUUUCCACCAUAACAUCUUCCACGUUUGAUCCAUUGAAAGAAACGAAGAUUGUCUGUCAUGGCUACACCGAGAGCGCGUAUGCUGCCUGGAUGAUUGAAAUGGUCGCUGAGUUGGUUAACAAUGAUGACUUUAAUAUCAUUAGAAUAAAUUGGCAUAAAGGGGCCACCGCGAUAUAUGGCCAGUCCACUACCAAUACGAGAGUUGUUGCUGCUGAAGCAUCGUAUCUCCUUGAUGUACUGAAGUCUCUCUACGGAUACAGCGCGGACAAAGUACACAUGAUCGGACAUAGCUUAGGGUCGCAUAUUGCCGGUUAUGUAGGGGCAAGUCAGCAGAACCCAAAGCUUAAACGUAUAACGGGGCUUGAUCCUGCUGGGCCUUAUUUCGAGGAUACAGACAUCGUUGUCCGGCUUGAUCCUAGUGAUGCCACGUUUGUUGAUGCUAUCCACACGGACACUGACCCUCUCUAUACAACCGGAAUGGGAAUAUACAUGCCUGUCGCUCAUUUUGAUUAUUACGUUAAUGGCGGGCACGACCAACCUGGAUGCGAUAAAGGUUUUAUAAACCAUAUCGUCGUAGAAGGCGCAAUUUAUCAAGGAGGAGUUCAAUUUGUUGCGUGUGAACACUUUAGAUCAUGUGACCUGUUUACUGAAUCUAUCAACUCGGACUGUUCGUUUUUGUCCCACGACUGCACAAUUUUUGGUCAUAAAGACGACGGGUACGCGAAUUUUAUUGACGGUCAGUGUUUCGGACCGUCGAUAGACACAGCUCCACUGGGCUUUCAUUCAAAUGGCCCUAUUGGUACAAAAGAGAAUAUAAUCUAUUUUCUGCGCACAAGAGAUCAGAUUAAGUAUUGUGGUUAUCCAUUGGAAUUCAACGUAUUUAUUGAUGAUCCUGGAUUUUUAAAAGGAGAUAAAGAAAAAGGAAAUCUGUUCAUAACUUUGAUUGGAAGCCUACAGCAGUCCGAACGGAUUCUUCUAACACCUGAAAGUUUUCUGAUGUAUCCUGGUGAAGACUACACUUUUGUGGCGGUCUCCGAUGUGGUGACAGGUCCGAUCGUUGGUGCUUACUUUGAGUGGGAAUAUGACCCGGAUUGGUACAAGCCCUGGGAUUGGGAUCUUUGGGUAAACCCAGACAUCUACUUGCACAAGAUACUCAUUCAAGACAGUGACGGAACUAGGUACACAAUGUGUGGUGACGAUAAUAAGAUACAAGCAAACAAGGACGUUAAAACGUUAUUUGCUGUCAAAGACUGCAAAUAGAACUUCCAAAGAAUAUGAACGUGUUAACAACACAAGUAAAUGUAGUAAAUUACAUUUCUUACUAGGUUGAACUAAUUAGAUUGGUAUUUAGAAGUCCUCCAUGUGUCUGGCUGUAUGGCCCUGUAAGCUAGGUCAAUCAUUGUUGUAAAAUGUGUUACUUUUUGCGAUUCAGAAUCACUGGAAUUAAAUGUUCUUAUGUCGAGUAAACUGUA